AAGUGAGUAGCUAGGCUGGACCCCUUCAAAUGACGUCAGUCCAUCAGCCUCAUGCCUUUGAAUUGAUGGGGGGAAAGCGCGGCAUUUGGGAAGAGGCCCACCAUCAUCUUAAACUUCCAUACCCUUGCCAACCUUUAUCUAUGACUUGUAGUGUUGGCUUGUGGUCGGCCUCUGAAACUGAAUUUGUGUUCAUUACAUUUUGUCUUCAUAAUGGGAGACGGCGAUAAAGAACCGGACGCGAAGAAACAAAAAAUGUCCUCUUUAGCUCAGUUGAAAAAGCUUACAGUUGUCGUGGCAGACACUGGUGACUUUGAAGCAAUGAAGAAGUACAAGCCGACGGACGCAACAACCAACCCGUCUCUCAUCCUGUCCGCGGCUGGCAUGCCCCAGUACGCGCACCUUUUGGAGAAGGCAGUUGCAUACGGCAAGAAGGCUGGUGGCAAGAGCCCGGCCGCCCAGUUGGAGGCUGUCAUCGACAAGUUGUUCGUGCUGUUCGGAGCCGAGAUCCUCAAGAUCAUUCCCGGUAGAGUGUCCACUGAGGUCGAUGCCAGGUUGUCGUUCGACAAGACUGCGAGCGUGGAGAAGGCCCGCAAGCUGGUGAAGAUGUACGAGGAGAUGGGCGUGGACAAGGAACGCAUCUUGAUAAAGCUUGCGUCAACGUGGGAGGGCAUUCAAGCUGCAAAGGAGCUGGAGGAGAAGCACGGCAUACACUGCAACCUGACGCUGCUGUUCUCCUUCGCGCAGGCCGUGGCUUGCGCGGAGGCGGGCGUCACCCUCAUCUCCCCGUUCGUCGGCCGCAUCCUGGACUGGCACGUGGCCAACACGGGCACCAAGUCCUUCCAGCCGCAGGAGGACCCCGGCGUCGUCUCCGUCUCCAAGAUAUACAACUACUACAAGAAGUUCCACUACAAAACUGUGGUGAUGGGCGCGUCCUUCAGGAACACAGGCGAGAUCCUGGCACUGGCCGGGUGCGACCUCCUCACCAUCUCACCCAAGCUGCUGGAGGAGCUGGACUCCAGCACCACACCCGUCCCGCAGAUACUCAGUGAUAAGAUAGCUCGGAAGCUGGACAUAGAGAAGCACCCCAUGGACGAAGCCAGAUUCCGCUGGGAGAUGAACGAAGACCAGAUGGCCACAGACAAAUUGUCCGAAGGCAUCCGGAAGUUCGCAGCGGAUGCUCGCAAAUUGGAGGCGACACUCAAAGAGAUGCUCUCAAAAGCCUGAUUGGAGGGGGAAAUGGAUGCAAUGUGUACAAGGUGUUGCAACGGACAUUCCAUUGUUUUGUGUUUAAAGUCCUCUGAAUGUUCGUGUUAGUAGUCAUCUGCCACUCUCGACAGUUACUACUUAACAUUCUUAAAAACAGUCGACUAUCAGAUGAUUAGAAGCAGAUGGCAGUAGUUAUUUGUUACAAAGGAUAUGGUACAUUAACAAAGUAUGAAAAUCAAGGACUUCCAAGUACAAUGAAUGAUGAACCUUGCCCUUAUGUGGUGAGACUGUCUUCCAUAAGUUUUCUGCAUAGAACUCAUGUGUAAUAUUGGACCAAGCCAAAGUCAUGUAGAUUACAUAGUAGUCUGUGACUAUCAUGUUGGUUAAGUGUUGUUCAGCUGACAUAAUGUGCUUGACCCAGUUUGCCUUGUAAUUGUUCAUCAGUGAACUACUACACCAAGUAAUGGCCAGGUGCAUUAAAUAACUAUGGUAAUUGUGCAGAUGUAUUAGAUGGGAAAUAGUUGAGAGAGUUUGGGAUGGGAAAUAAUUUUAUUUUGGUGCUAUGAAUUUUGAUGUCUUAUUUUAUGUACAAUUUUAGAAUUUUUGGUUUACUUCAUUUUAAAAUAAUAAAUGUUGAUUUAUUCUUUUCCA